GCGCGGCAGGGAUGCUCGGCGACUUCAAGGGUCGUUCAGCCACAGGCCUGUGCAGCCCCACUAGGUCAGGGCAAAAAAAAGACGCCAGAUAUCAGAGUUUCGGAAUCCGUCGCAGAUUCUAGCGUUGGCUUCAUCGCAUGACAAGAACCACCUCAGACAAGCCCCUGCGAAAGCAAUAAAACAGUUGAAGAAGCACGCGCCGGCUAGACUUGACGAUACCCGGCCAAUUGUGCCUGUCCCCUUUACUCAAGGACCAUGGCGUCUUUGCUCAACCUCGACAGGAACAUCUCCUACUUCACGAUCAUCCCCGCCCUCAUCCUGCCGCUCUCCGCCCGAUAUGUUUCGGGGCUGUCUGGGCCCGGAAGAAAGCUGUUCGACAAGAUGAACCCCCGGGGACACCUGGAAGCCUUGAAGACGGCCAAGAUGGACGAGGAGCUCCGCGGUCGACUGCUGCGCGCCGAGGCCUGCUGUGCCAAUGGCUUCGAGGCCCUGCCCCUCUUCGCUGCCGCCGUCACGGCCGGAAACGCCGCUGGCGUGCCGGCGCGCACGAUGAACCUCCUUUCAGUCGGGUGGAUCGCCACGCGCGUGGCGUAUACGUAUGUCUUCAUUUGGUACCAGGGACGAGAGAAACUCGCGUACAACGCGGUGCCCUUGCGGACAAAGGUGUGGCUGGUCGGAAUCACAACCCUCAUGUCUAUGUUUGUGCUUGCUGGCCUGCAACAACAGGGGGAAAAGUGAUUUGCGGCGCGAUCUCAUUUGUAAUUAUCUAAAACGAUGAGUAGAUUAUGAUACGUUCAUGUUAGC